GUCCCUGCAAUUCUGAAGAAGACUCUCACGCUAAAGCGGCUUGUGUUUUAUAUUUUUGUUGGUCUUAGUUUAUAUUUUACUGCUCAGGGUGAUGGAGCUGACGUCGGAAAUGUAUCUGUUCCUCAUCACGAGUAUUCUGGGGAGCGCUGGGUCCUUGCUGCCGUUCUUAAUGCAGUUGAUAUUACAAACAGUAGGAAAAGAAAGUCAGGCAGAGCGACUAUUACGACAGGAGAUUCUCAAGUUGAAGCAACAACUGCAGACCAUUAGUAUGGUAGAUCAGUUUGCUUCAUACGCUAAGGUGCAACGCAAGAUUAACGCUCUUAGUCAGCAAUAUAAGGAUAAAGCAAUGGAAAGAAGUGUUGGAGAACAGCGUGUACGAAUGGUCCUAGGAGGAACAUUACGGACCAUAGUAGGGCUCUUGUGUGUAUGGCUCAUCUGGGAACAUAGAUCAGAUCCUGUGGUUUCUCUACCAACAAAUCUUGUAUGGCCCUUUGGACCCAUCUUGGCAUUGCCUUCCUGUGAAGUUGGCCAGAUAAGUGUCAUGAUAUGGCUUGCAGUUGUCCGAACUGUCUGCAACAAAGUAAACACUGCACUUACAUCACCGAGAACAACACCACAGCGGGCCACUCCAAUCUUCAAUCCUCCUCCUGUAUCUCCAACAGCUGUGCCUGUAGCUCCUCCAUUAGAUUAAAUUAUAUUUUUUUCUAAUUAUUACAUGCCAGAUCUAUGCUAUCAUUGUUAUAUAUAUAUGAUGAAAACAUUUUGAAGCUUAGUGUUACAAGAUUGUAUAUUGAAAAUGUUUAGAAGUCACAAGCUUUGUUAGUUUUCUUGUGUGACAUAGGCCCUUCAAUUUUUGUUUGUCCUUUUUUGUAGUUAGUCUUUUAGUUUGAUAUGUGGUGUCCUACAUCACAUACUUUUUUAUUUUUAUAUUUCAUAUUGAUUUAAUUUACCAAGCCCUAUGUUUUUUUGUUUUUGUUUUUCUGUAGGUGUAUAUGUAUUUACAUCGGGGUAUUUGUGUGUGUGUGUGCUUCAGUUCCAGAAAAGAAAUCUGUAAUAAUAGCUAUAAAUAUAUGUAAUUGUUGUUUUUUCA